AGAAACCCUCAUCCAAAACUGGCCAAUCCACAAAGAGGUCAGAGAAACCUUUUUCCAACAGUGCCCAAUCCUCAGUGGGUUUGGAGAAGUCUACAUCCAAAUUCAUCCAAUCUUCAGAGAGUACAACACUUAGCCUGCUGGUUGACCAAUCAGAAUCGUCUGUGGUCAACAACACAGCUCCCAAUGUCAGACAAUUGCCAGCUAAGGCCAGUGAUCGGCUGGAUGAUAACUGCUCGGAGGAUGCUUGGCUGGAGGUUGACCACACCCCAAGAUCACAAGCUCCAAGUCGACCAGCACACCCAGUGAGUACCCCGGUGGUGGGAGGCACCCAGAACAGCUCACCGAGACCUGGGCAGGAUAACGCUCACCAUCAUGGUGGUAGGAUAGCAGAUACUCGAACAUGGUCAUCCCUGUCACAAUCUGUGAAGAAUACAACGAGCAAGAUCCCAAGCAGCCUCAGGAUGAUGCGUCCAUCUACAUCGCAGCCCCGUGUACCGUACACACCACUGCUGAUCCCAUCGUUUCGAGUGAAGGUGAAAGUGAAAAAGAAACGCUUUGUCAUUGGGGUCCCUCAAAGUGAGUUGGACACAUGCACCAUCAGGUGGCUGGCAGAGGAAGCAGCAAGGAAAUACAGUAUCGAGUGUGGUGUGAGACCCCGGCUCUCUCUAACCCUUGACGGAGCGCUGCUCUCUCCACACGAACCAAUCAUCAACCUUCUCCAUGACAACGAGGAGGUCCUGGCUGAGGUCGUGUCCUGGGAUCUGCCUCCACUGUCUGAACGAUACAAGAGGGCCUGUGACAGUCUGGCACAAACUACAUACCCAUCCAUUUUCAAGAUUCUCCAGCUACAGGAGAAAGGCUCCUCUGUGGACUUAUCCAGCCUGUCGCUGACCAAGGAGCACCUGACCCCCAUCCUGCGGGCCCUCAAACUGCACACCACUACCCACCAGCUCUGCCUCUCUGCCAAUCCUCUUGGUGACGAUGCCAUGGAGGAGCUGGUGGCCUGCCUGGUGACCAUGCCCAACCUGACCGUACUGGACCUCUCCUCCAAUCAGAUCACACACCAAGGCCUGAGGACUCUCUGUGAGACCAGCAGACCAAACGAGGAUCCGGCUUUUCAGGAGCAGGGAUCUGUUUCCACGGAGACCAGGGCAAGGCCUAGAAGCCCCAAGUGCGGUUUCUCGCUGAAGGAUGAGCUGGUGGACCAUGAGAGCUCCUCUGACAGCGAUGGGACCAGCAGCAGUGAAGACAAUUGGCUGCUUUCUGAUAUCGUGUCUCCACUCACAGAAUUCCUCUCGUUGAAAGAGGAAAUCGCUGGGGGAACGUUUUCACAGGCAGACAAGGAGCAUCUCCACGGGAAGCGUCUCCAGGACAAAGCAUCCGAGUACAGGAGCUGGCUCCUCAAGGAAGAGGCCAGGAGUAGAAAGAAACGGAAGCUGCUCAGGAGAGCCUGCGAGCAGGAGAUGAGGGAUAAGACGAAGCUGAUCGAGAAUCUCCAGGACAUUAUCAAUGAGCAGGAAGCUCUGGUGAAGAAACUACAGCUAGCAG